AGCUGCUUCCGGAUCAGCUUGACGCGUGGGCUUGCUCCAGACGGAAAGUCACGAACCGCGAGGUUCUUUUCUAACGGCGGCUUGCCAGCCAUCAUGUUCUACCCGCUGCAAUCCCAAUUCGAGGAUGGUGUAAUCGAGCUGACCCGUUCUGAAAUGCUCCAGCACGAUCCGACGUUGCCUGACAAUAAGCAUUCGUUCAUCGUAUCCUUGUCCUUAGGCAAUACGCUAAUAAAUCUUAACAAAAUCAAAUGUCCACAAUGUCGGAAGCGUUUUGAUACGGUUGAUGAAAUGGAGCAGCACCGGACCAAACAUUUGACGGAGAAUAAGUUUAAAUGUGACAUUUGUAGUAAGGAAUUUCCCAGCCAUAGUUCAAUGUGGAAACAUACGAAGGCCCACACCGGGGAACGUCCUUUUGUGUGUCAGAUUUGCAACAAGGGCUUCACUCAAUUAGCCAACCUUCAGCGACAUGAUCUCGUUCACAACGGACUUAAACCAUUCAAGUGUCCGAUCUGUGAAAAAUGCUUUACACAGCAGGCCAACAUGUUGAAACAUCAACUUCUUCACACGGGACUUAAACCAUACAAAUGUCCAGUGUGUGAGAAAGCAUUUUCGCAACACGCAAAUAUGGUCAAACAUCAAAUGCUUCAUACAGGUUUGAAGCCUUACAAGUGUCCAGUGUGCGAAAAAGCAUUUACGCAACACGCCAACAUGAUAAAGCAUCAAAUGUUACAUACUGGACUAAAGCCGUACAAAUGUCCUGUAUGUGAAAAAGCUUUCACACAACAAGCCAACAUGGUGAAACAUCAAAUGUUACAUACAGGCGUUAAGCCGUACAAAUGUUCCACCUGUGGCAAGGCAUUCGCCCAGCAGGCCAACAUGGUCAAACACGAGAUGCUUCAUACCGGUAAUUGUUCGCGUUCUGAUUCACCAACACCCUCCGUAAUAUUGAGUGAAUUCGUCGAAAAAAAGUUUCACGAUCAUAUUUUAUAACUGUCUUUACAAAUAUUCAUCCGAUCAUAAAAGUUAGACGUACAAUGGAACAGACUACAGAAAAGUAAACACAAAAAAUGAUUAGAGAAGAACUAGUAGUAGCUAGGUAUUUUUCCGGCUUCAGCAUUGUUUGUGAAAUGUUGCUACAUGUUUGCAAAGCGAUCCAAGAUAGAGCUAUCAAAUAGGAUUAACGAAUUUUAUCAUUAAGAAUAAUGCUAUCAGAUGAACCAGGGCGUUUGAGAGAAACACCACUGUACGGUCAUAAAUAUUAGUAAAUAUUUGAAAGUUU